AUGACGGGCCUGUCACCGGAUUAUGACUAUUUGUUCAAACUGCUGCUGAUCGGCGACUCGGGCGUCGGCAAGUCGUGUCUGCUGCUGCGCUUCGCGGACGACACGUAUACCGAGUCGUACAUCUCGACGAUCGGCGUCGACUUCAAGAUCCGCACGAUCGAGCUGGAGGGCAAGACGGUCAAGCUGCAGAUCUGGGACACUGCCGGCCAGGAGCGCUUCCGCACGAUCACGUCGUCGUACUACCGCGGCGCGCACGGCAUCAUCGUCGUGUACGACGUCACCGACGAGGCGACGUUCGCGAACGUCAAGCAGUGGCUCCAGGAGAUUGAGCGGUACGCGUGCGAGGGCGUCAACAAGCUGCUCGUCGGCAACAAGGCGGACCUCGCCAGCAGCAAGGUCGUCGACUUUGAGACCGCGAAAAAGUUCGCCGACGAGCUCGGCAUCCCCGUGCUCGAGACGAGCGCCAAGGACGCCACCAACGUCGAGCAGGCCUUCCUGACGAUGGCCCAGCAGAUCAAGGACCGCAUGGGCGCCGCCUCGCUCCAGAACAACGCGGGCGGCGCAGGCAAGUCCACCCUCAAGGUCGGCCAGGGGCAGAACGUCUCGUCCCUCAGCAGCGGUGGCUGCUGCUAG